GGGCAGGCGUGGAGAGAGCAAGUUCAUCAGAGCCUCUCUGGGUCUAGGCCUCAUCUAGCUGUCGCAAGAACAUGACUAAUGGGGCUCCGUCGAGCGACUGACAGGACUCGGCCAAUUGUUGUAAUGAUGAUUGCCGACUGGGGAAAGGAUGACGUCGUUGGGUGAAGCUAGUCACGUCCACUAACCGAGGAACGUGUGUUUUCUCUAGCAAACCAACCCUUCCUCCUGCAAUCGUCAUCUGCCAGCUUUUUCUACACUUCUGAGAUUCCUCAUCAAUUCAAUUGAUUUCUUCCUGUUGAAAUACACCCACAAAACGAAUAACACGUGCAGCUAGAGCUCCGAGCUACACCGCCGAAACCCCGCAAACUACUACUCCCUCCACGUAAACACCUCCCACGAAACUAGCCAUGUCCGCCAUCCGUGCCUUCGCAACCCGUCGCGCUCCCAUCGCCUUUGUCCAGCGUGCGGCCUUCUCCCAGUCAAUAGCCCGCACCGCCGGCAAGGAGUCAACUCUCCAUUCUGAGAACCGUGCCGAGGAGGUUGAGAAGAAGAAGCAGGAGCAGCUGAACAAGCAAAAGCAAGGCAAGGGUGCUUGGGAGGAGCAGCUUGCUAGUGACAGCGAGAGCGCUGUCAAGGCGGAUCGUUCCGAGACCGGCAAGGACACCAAGCAGCAGAUCAAAGAGUUGCAGGAGGAGGCGAAGAAGGUCGGCCAGUAAACGAAGCGGCGAGGACGACAAAGCUCGACAUGUGAGACAUCUUCUCCGCUAGCUACAAGGAGACGCCGGGCGUCAGAGCUCCGUGGCUUGUGUCGGGUCGGGAGCGCUGGAAGGGAGGUGGGACGAAAGCACGAUGAGCUGUCUUGCAAUACCCAAAUGAAAACACCUACUUCAGCCAAACUUUACAAGUGGCCUCUGUUGUGAAUUACCAACAUUGCUGUUUCUACAACCAUUUUGGCUUUCCCCCAGAA